AAUGGCAUUUUCAGCCAUAGCCAGCUUCAGUCGCUUCACUGUUUCAACCUCACCAUCUACUUAUCGUCUCUGCUUAAACCCAAUUGGGAGAAGAGUAGUGUUCACCAUCUGUGCUAAGAAAAUCCAUCCACACAGCCUCACCACCAUGGCCUCUUCAACUAUUGAAAAACUCACAGCUCCUUAUGGAUCCUGGAAGUCCCCCAUUUCCGCUGAUGUCGUUUCGGGCGCUUCCAAGCGGCUAGGUGGUUCCGCCGUCGACGCCCACGGCCGUCUUUUCUGGUCGUGUGGUUCUCGUUAAAGAAGGGGAGAAACCGGGGGAUGAACCCACGGAUAUUACGCCGAAGGAGUUUGGGGUGCGAACGGUGGCUCAGGAGUAUGGAGGUGGUGCGUUCAGUAUUUCCGGGGAUACUGUCAUCUUUUCCAAUUACAAGGAUCAGAGACUGUACAGGCAAUCUAUUAAAUCCCAAGGUAAAAUAUAGUGAAGAGGGAGGAACAGACUUUAGAAUUUAAAUUAUUAUUUCCAAUAUUCCUAAUAUUUUCCAGUUUGUAGCAAAUUUCUAGUGAGUGAACUGAAGGCAAUCAGAAUGAGGGGGAAGCUUUAACAAUUAAGUUUUUAUUAUGCCCAAUUGCUUAUAUUUUUCAGUUUGAACUUUGGAGAUUAUCUGAUUAAUGUGCUGGGUGACAAAGCAGGUUCUUUUCCAGUGCCAAUCACUACAGAUUAUGGUGGACCAGUUGUCAGUUACGCUGAUGGAGUAUUUGAUUCACGGUUUGACCGCUUCAUCACUGUAAUGGAAGAUCGUAGGGAGAGUUCUACAAAUGCAACCACAACUAUAGUUGCUGUGCCCCUAAGUGAUAACACUAUCCAAGAACCAAAAAUAUUAGUGAGUGGCAAUGAUUUCUAUGCCUUCCCACGUUUGGAUUCAAAUGGUGAAAGGAUUGCAUGGCUUGAAUGGAGUCAUCCCAACAUGCCAUGGGAUAAAUCACAACUCUGGGUUGGCUAUAUUUCUGAGAAUGGAGACAUCUACAAACGCGUUUGUGUUGCUGGUUCUGAUCCUACUAUUGUGGAGUCUCCAACAGAACCAAAGUGGUCCUCUAAAGGGGAACUCUUUUUCAUAACAGAUAGGAAAAAUGGAUUCUGGAAUCUUUUUAAAUGGAUUGAAUCUAAGAAUGAGGUGCUACCACUUUAUCCAUUGAAUGCUGAGUUUACAAAACCAUUAUGGGUUUUCGGAAUUAAUUCUUAUGAUUUUAUUGAGAGCAAUGGAGACAAAAACUUAAUUGCAUGCAGCUACAGGCAAAAUGGAAGGUCAUAUCUUGGGAUUCUUAAUGACACUCAGCAUUCACUUUCUUUGCUAGAUAUUCCUUUCACAGAUAUAGAUAAUAUUAGUUCAUGGAAGCAUACCCUCAUUGUUGAGGGAGCAUCUGCAACUCAUCCAUCAUCAGUGGCUAAGGUCAUUCUAGAUAAUUGUAAACUUGAAGUAGUGGAUUUCAAGAUUGUUUGGUCUGCUUCAACAGAUAGUUUAAAAUAUGAGUCCUACUUCAGCUCACCAGAGUUGAUUGAAUUCCCAACGGAAGUUUCUGGUCAAAAUGCCUAUGCAUACUAUUAUCCUCCCUCUAACCCUGUUUACCAAGCUAGCUCAGAAGAAAAGCCCCCAUUAUUGUUGAAAAGUCAUGGGGGGCCUACAAGUGAAACAGAUGGGAGCUUAAAUCUCAGCAUCCAAUACUGGACUAGUCGUGGUUGGGCCGUUGUGGAUGUUAAUUAUGGCGGAAGCACUGGUUAUGGAAGAGAAUUUCGUGAGCGACUUUUAGGGAGCUGGGGAAUAGUUGAUGUCAAUGACUGCUGCAGUUGUGCUAAAUUUUUGGUGGAAAGUGGAAAGGCAGAUCCUGAAAGACUUUGUAUAACUGGAGGCUCUGCUGGGGGAUAUACAACAUUAGCUGCUCUUGCUUUUAGAGAUACAUUCAAGGCUGGAGCAUCCCUGUAUGGUGUGGCUGACCUAAGCCUGUUGAGAGCAGAAACUCACAAAUUUGAAUCUCGUUAUCUCGAUAACCUUGUUGGAGGUGAAAAGGAGUACUUUGAGAGAUCACCCAUUAAUUUUGUUGAUAAAUUUUCUUGCCCCAUUAUUCUGUUCCAAGGAUUGGAAGACAAGGUGUGAAUAUUUCUAGUUUGUGGAGGCAUAUUAUGUCUUCAUGCAUUGGAAAUUAUAGUGCAAUCAUGGCCAUAUUAGAAAAAAAAAUCAAAGAAACACUAUGAUUCGAAUGAAUUACAAACUUACAUCAUUCGUUCCAUUUACAAAUUUUACACUUUGAUAGGAACAAAUGCCUCUAUAUUUAUGACAACAACAGACUUUAUAUUAUCUCUCAAAGAUUUACGAUUAAAUUAUCACCGUGCCAGCGAUCCGAAUCCAUUAGAAAGUGCAUGGACGGCGGGAUUGAAUGCCAAUCUUCCCAAAAUACCUUGUUUGUAUGGCAAGAAAGUUUUUUUCUUCAUAUUUUCCGAU